AAUUUACCUUAUCUUUUAAUUAAAUAUUUUUUAGUACUGUGCUGUGAUUAGUUUUAGAUUUACCCAAACACGUGGUGCAAUUUUUACACAAUAAUAAUAAUACUAAUAUAAAUAACAACAUAUAUAAAAGUAUACUGUGCAAUAGUUGUAUCAAGUUUUGGAGUAACUGUGCUGGAUAAUUUGUUGUUAUUAAAGCCGCUGUGAUAGAUGGCUACAAAGAUGAUCUGAAGAUGGCCUCACCUUCCCCAGACUUAUUAUCCCAAAAAAAAAACUUAAUGACGGGUAGAGUAAGUCUCUUGAAGGGAGACAAGCACGGGACUUUUUUUAAGGGCAUGUGAGGCUCAAUAUGUGCCACCAUCGACACUCCACACCAUGGGCGCUGUCGAGAUUUCAAGUUUGCGCCUUAACAAUAAUAAUUGCUGUUAUCGUAGGUAGCAAUAAUGUCCUCGGCGAUCUCAGUUCCGAGUUCGUCAAAGGGAAAAUAUGCAUCGGUACAAAUGGACGAAUUUCAGCGCCAUCGAACACACUGCACCACUACCGUAACCUCCGAGACCGGUAUACAAACUGUACUUACGUGGACGGUAACCUUGAGAUAACCUGGCUGCAAAACGACACCCUGGACCUGAGUUUCCUGCAGUAUAUUCGGGAAGUAACCGGGUACGUGCUAAUAAGCCACUGCGAUGUGCGUCGUAUCGUGUUACCACGUCUGCAAAUAAUCCGUGGGCGGACAUUGUUCAAGCUGAGCAUCGAUCCGCAUGAGUUCGCCCUGAUUGUAACAAUGUCCCAAAUCUACAAUCUUGAAUUACCAGCACUGAGGGAUAUACUUAACGGUAGCGUUGGUAUGUAUCACAAUUACAACCUCUGCCACGUCAAAACAAUCAACUGGGAUGAGAUCAUAAGUGGUCCACAGUCAAAGUACGUCUACGUCUACAAUUUCACCUCCCCAGAGCGCUCCUGCCCAGCCUGCGACCCGAGUUGCGUCCAAGGCUGCUGGGGAGAGGGUCCGGAGAACUGCCAGAAGUUUUCCAAAACUAAUUGCUCGCCUCAGUGUUGGCAAGGCCGCUGUUUUGGCUCCCAGCCGAGAGAAUGCUGCCAUCUGUUCUGUGCUGGAGGCUGCACCGGACCGAAGCAGAGCGACUGUUUGGCCUGCAAAAGCUUCAUGGACGACGGAGUCUGCUCUUUAGAGUGUCCUCCAAUGCAGACUUACAAUCCGACGACCUAUUCCUGGGAGAUUAACCCGAAUGGGAAGUACGCUUAUGGCGCGACUUGUGUCAGAAAGUGUCCCGAGCACCUUCUGAAGGACAACGGCGCCUGUGUCAGGUCCUGUCCGCCGAAAAAGAAGGCCAAGAACGGCGAGUGCGUCCCUUGCGACGGUCCUUGUCCAAAAACUUGCCCCGGCGUUGAUCAAGUUCAUUUUGGAAACAUUGAGAGCUUCAGAGACUGCACAGUUAUUGAAGGAUCCAUCACUAUCAUGGACCACAGCUUCACCGGGUUCCAGGAUGUUUAUGCGAACUACUCGUUCGGACCGAGAUGGGAACCCAUGCAUCCUCGACAGCUAGAAGUCUUCAGCACGCUCAAGGAAAUUACUGGCUACUUAAAUAUACAGGGUAAUCACAAAGACUUUACCGAUCUGAGGUACUUCAGGAACUUGGAGGUUAUCGGUGGAAGACAACUCACGGAGUACUUUGCCUCGCUUUAUGUUGUCAAGACUGCACUGGUCUCUUUUGGCCUCAGCUCCCUCAAGAGGAUCAACUCCGGCUCGGUUGUUAUUUUGGAAAACAAAGACUUGUGCUAUGCUCAGAGCAUCAAUUGGAACAAGAUUAAAAACUCUUCGGAACAUGCCAGUUUGGUCUCCAAUAAUAAGAAUAUUACCGAGUGCAAAAAAGAAGGCCAGGUCUGCGAUGAACAGUGUUCAGACACAGGUUGUUGGGGUCCAGGGCCAUCGCAGUGUCUUUCGUGCAAAAACUUCUUGCUGGAUAACGAAUGCCUGGAAAACUGCAGUAUUGUUGCCGGAAUAUACCAAGCAAAUUCCCGCGAGUGCAAGCACUGUCACGAGGAGUGCGAUGGCACCUGCAACGGACCUAAGGCCGAGAAUUGCAAUAAAUGCAAACACAUGCGUGACGGACCGUUUUGCGUAAAAGAAUGUCCGACUUCAAAGUACAACGAUAACGGUAUCUGCAAGCCUUGCCACAAGAACUGCGUGGGCGGUUGCGAGGGCCCGGAAAACAACAUCGGACCAAACGGGUGUCACAGUUGCGAAAAGGCGAUCAUGAACAACAGCAGCGUACCUGAAGGUUGUCUCCAAAAGCUGGACAACUGUCCAGAGGGCUACUUUUACGAAUGGGUAAGCCCACAAGAAAAAGGCCCGCUGAAAUUGCUCGCUGGAAAAGCAGUAUGCAGGCGCUGCCACCCGUUGUGCAAAAACUGCACCGGGUACGGCUCUCACGAGCAAGUAUGUCGCGAGUGCUUGGACUUUAAGUUGGGCGAAAACUGCGUUCACGAGUGCCCGGAGAGCAGCAACUACAUUCUCCCCAAAACAUCUCCCAAAAUUUGCAUUCCCUGCGCUUCGGAAUGUGACGGGUGUUACGGCCCGGAAUCCCAUCAAUGUUACCGCUGUCGCAGUUUCAAAGUUCACUUAGACACCAAGGCUCCAGACAACACUUCUAUGUUCAAUUGCACCAACACUUGUCCUGCUGAAACUUCCUACAAGGUGACGUCCGAAGAUGGCCGAGAAACUUACUGCGAAUCUCAAACUUUAAGUUCUCAAUUAGAACACGAGAUGAAGCCAGUUGUUCUAGGAAUCGUCAGUUUGGUUCUAUUGAUUGUCAUGAUGGUCGGAGUGAUUGUUCUCUGCCGCUGGUGGAUAAAGAACAAGAACAAGGAGAACACGGUGAAGAUGACUAUGGCGCUGGCUGGCUUGGACGACAAUGAGCCGCUUCGUCCAACAGGCUUGAAGCCGAAUCUCGCUAAGCUGAGAAUCAUCAAAGAGGAAGAGAUGCGCAAAGGCGGACUUCUUGGCUACGGAGCCUUCGGAAACGUCUACAAGGGAGUUUGGGUCCCGGAAGGAGAGAAUGUCAAGAUUCCGGUUGCUAUUAAGGUCUUGCAUGAAAACACUGGAGCAAAUACUUCCAAGGAAUUUUUGGAUGAAGCUUACAUAAUGGCCAGCGUUGAACAUCCGAACUUAUUGCAGCUAUUGGCGGUGUGUAUGACCUCCCAGAUGAUGCUGGUGACUCAACUGAUGCCUCUGGGCUGCUUGCUGGACUUUGUCAGGUCUUUUAAGGACAAGAUUGGUUCCAAGCCCUUGCUGAAUUGGUCCACGCAGAUUGCCAGGGGAAUGGCGUACUUGGAGGAGAGGAGGCUAGUGCACCGAGACUUGGCGGCUAGAAAUGUUUUGGUUCAGACUCCGAAUUGUAUUAAGAUUACUGAUUUCGGACUGGCUAAAUUACUGGAUAUCAAUGAAGAGCAGUAUAAAGCAGCUGGUGGGAAAAUGCCGAUUAAAUGGCUCGCGCUGGAGUGCAUUCAGCACAGAGUUUUUACUCACAAGUCUGAUGUUUGGGCGUUCGGUGUCACUAUUUGGGAAAUUCUGACCUAUGGAGAACGACCUUAUGAUAAUGUCCCGGCUAGAAAUGUUCCUGAGUUGCUGGAGAAAGGAGAACGAUUACCGCAACCGGCGAUUUGCUCUAUUGAUGUUUAUAUGAUUAUGGUUAAGUGCUGGAUGCUCGAUGCUGAAUCACGGCCGACUUUCAAGGAGCUUGCUGAUGAGUUUGCUAAAAUGUCCAGAGAUCCUGGACGCUAUCUUGCUAUCAAGGGGGAUAAAUAUAUGAGACUGCCUUCUUAUAGCAUGCAGAAUAACUUUCAGGAUGAAAAGGAAAUGAUCAGAAAUUUGGCAUCAGCAGCAGAAGGGCCAGAAGCUCUAGUCGACGCCGACGAAUACUUGCAGCCGAAAUCAAGAGCGCCGAUACCUCCAGGACUAUCGGUGCCGAGUAUCACCGAUUCGCCACCGAAUACGCCAAUAAAAACAUGCUGGUCAAACGGAAUCCCGUCGCACGCGGCUGCAGACUCGCCAACACCGCAAAACCAGCAGAACUGGGACCGGGAGUUGUUGAGGUACGGUACAGCCGAUCGUAGCGAAAGCACGUCGGGAAGUAACGACGCCGCGAGUCAUCAACGCACACAAUCAUACCACAGUCAACACCACCAACUUCAACACCCACAUUCCCACCAUCAGCAUCAUAACAGCCAUCAUAAUCAGCAUCAACAUAGUCUUAAUCACCAGCAUCAUAAUCAGCACCAACAUUCAGGGAACUACAAUUGCCCUAAUGAUCAGCAUUGUCGAAAUAUUAUUGGUAGCACCGACAAUAGAAGCUCGAGAUACUGCUCGGAUCCCUUGAAAAUAAUCUCCGGAGUCAGAGAUUGUGACGUGACGGACGACUGUUUUCAACCGGAAGUAGCAACUAUCCAUCAGCAAGCCCAGGUGGGCAAUCUUAAACUUGAUUUACCACUUGAUGAGGAUGACUAUCUUAUGCCAUCUCCACAAAUACCUGCUAAUGCUACGCAGUACAUGGAUCUCAUUGGAGAUACUAAACCCAGUGAAACGGAACCAAAGAGAUUAAUCAAUGGUUAUCGAAAGUAUCCAGAAUUCUUAAGUAUCGCCGGGAAGACAUCCCUAGACAACCCGGAGUACAUAAUGGGCCAAGACGACCCUCCUCUGAGUCCUCAAAUAAUAGGUAUACCAACAACAGAUCUCGACAAAGUUCUCGCCAACGGUGCUUUCGGUUCUCAACAAGUGAAACAGCGCUGCGCCGAGGAAGAAUCUGAUCACGAGUAUUAUAACGACUUUGACCGGCUUGAACGCGAACGUCAGCCGCUUAAUUCGCUACGAAAAAACGAAACGACUGUAUAAGAAUCUACAGUUGAGAAUAAUUAUUUAAAAUUUAUAAAUUUAUAAAAUCCAGUUACCUUAGAUAGCGUAAACAAUAACUGAAACAAAAAAUUACGCUGCUUCAGUUAUAUUAUUCGCAGUACUUAGUGAAUCAUGACUGGGCGUUGAGAAAUUGCAUUAUUUUUUUUAUUAUUAUUAUAAUUUUUUUUUAAAUUACGCCAUUUUACUUCAAUAGUUUUACAUACCCGCAUUUUAAUUUAUAAUUAUAAAUAAAUAGUAAUAAAAA